AUGUGGUAUCGAGAAAAUUGGUCCUUUUCUUCGUGGAUUCUAGGUUCAACCUGUUUUCAAGGCGACUUUCGUACGAAACAAUCUAUCAUUUCCUCCCACAAAGUCCACAAAUAACGGUAUUCUCGUGAUCCCUCGGAAAAUUGUCUCCUUUGCAACGUCUUCUCCCAAACAACCAUCCAACUUGACAGGCCUUCUAGAAACGACACAAUAGUUUAGGUGCCGUGUUCGUUGUUCUUUCUUCCUUCUCUCUCUGGUGUGCGUCGGGGCGGAGCGUCGUCGUCGGUUUCUCGCCUCCGGCCGGCCACAGUGUGACGCCGGAAAUGAAAUGCAAGAAGGUCUUCGAGGAGCUUCUUCGCCGGCUUUUCCUCUGGCUCGGCACCUUUAUCGGCCGAUCGCCCUUGGCUGUCGUCUUGGCCAGUCUUGCCGUCACGGCGGUUCUUAGGUAAUUUUUUUUGAACAUGUUUUAAGCAAGCCCUAGUGUCUAUAGAAGUGUAUAGUUUGAUCAGAUUUUGAGUCAAGCUCCGCCCCUUGGCACGAUGAACCAAUCACAAAGCGCUCUCGAAUGACGUCAUUAGAUUUAAAAUCCAAAAACUAAAGACAGACUAUAUUAUAUUUUGGUCGACUACACCAGCCUCUCUCCGCUUAGUUAGAGACCAAAGAAAGCAAAGAGAGCGUUAGAGAUAUUUUGCUUCAGCCAUUCCUUUUGCGGUCGAAGCUGAUCUAUCAAAAGUUUUCUAUUUUUUCGAUGUCAAGAAAAAUCCGAAGGGAAAGAUCAAUAGGGGUCUGAAGAGACGUCAGAGAAACGAGAAAUCCUUUUUUUCUCUGGCGUCUCGUUUCUACAGCAUUGUUGUCUUUUCGAUUUGAGUUUUGAUCUCUUCUUCAUUGUAAGGAUCCAGUUUUUUACAAUCUUCAUUAAAAAAGACAUUUUUUACCUUUUUAGGUUGUGAGAAAUAAUUAGAGUAACUAUCAGCGUAGAUGAGAGAUCUAGGGCGAGAGAGUCCAGAGAGAUAAGAAAAGUUUUUUUCUUUGACUUCUCUUCAUCGUCACUGAUCUCUCGCUUCCGAUUUCUUUGCCCAAUUUGUAACUUUUUUUUAAAUUUUCGAACAGGUUUUUAAAUUUUCUCGUCCCUUUUUUUUGAUUUCUCGAAAACCUAACGUUCUUUAUUUUAACUGGAAGCGAAGUUGAUCUUUCGAAAUCGAAAGCGUAGAAAAUUCGAGGCGAGAUCAAGAAACUGGAACUUUAUUGGUCAACAUUUUACACACUCCAAUUGACAACGAAGAGGGUCAAAAAGAAUUGUAAAAAAAAUUUUCUCGGUGUUGCAUUUUAUGGUUGGAUAAUUGUAGAGGAGGUCAAACUAUAAACAAAAAAUACAGAAAAAGGACAUUUUUUCUCCAUUUGCAGUGUCGGCCUUUUAUGGUUCGAGGAAGUGAACAAUGUCCGGACGGAAUAUUCUCCGAUGAAUUCGCCGAGUAGGCAAGAGUACGAGGUCGCCAAAGCCUUCUUGAAUCAAGUGGGUCGAAACAAAAUUGACAAGGUUGAAAAUAUCAAGUCAUUUCCGGCAGUUAUGUGUGUGUUGAUUGAGAAAAAAACUUCAAAAGGAAAUUUUCAAUUUUUGGGAUUACCAAGACCUUGAUUUUCGCUUGAAAUUCAAGAUGAUAGAGGUUGAACAUGAAGAAAAAGAAAGGAAUUAAAAAAAUGAAGCGAGAGAUCAACGGCGAUCUGAAGAGACGAAAGAGAAGUUAGAUCACUCUUUUUCUCUGGAGCCUCUUCAGGAUUCCGCUGCUCUCUCGCUACUUAGUUUUCUUUUUCAGUUUUUAAGCCUAUUUUGAUUCAUUUCUUAAAGAAGGUGGAAUGAAAUAUCGUGGAAAUAGAGAUGAGAACAGUUGGAUUACCGUGAAACUCUAAAAUCCUCCUUGAAGCUGUAUGACUUGUCUGCGCUCUCUUUUCCAUCAGGCAGUUUUAAAAAAGAGAGUUCAGACAAGACACAUUUUCUUAUCUCUGAAAUGGAGCGCCAAAAGUGCGCCACAACUCUUUCUCUGACACACACCAUUUCGUCCCUUUCUCGCAGCUAGAUAACGACAAAAUAGUGUGUGCCAGAGAAAGAGUCGCUCCAUGUCAGAGAAGUUAUGACAAUUGAAUGAGUCAUUAUUAUCAUAAUUAUAAUAAAAUAUUAUCUUUUUGAAGAACGGCACUUUGGAUCCGUCGUACGUGAUGGUCCUAUCACGGGACAAUGGCUCGCUUCUGCGUCAGGAAUACCGAGAAAGGCUCAUCGAGUUCGUCAAGACGUUGCAGAACAACGUCACCGUCGAGUUCGACGGCCGCGUCUGGGACUUUCGCGACCUCUGCGAGCCCUAUUGCGAGCUCAACACCGCUUUUUUGGCUUUUCUCAAAGUUCGUAAUGGUUUUUAUUUUUGAAGUGUGAAGAAGUUGAAAAAAGAGAAUUUUAUCAAUUUUUCUUUGAAUAAUUGAAGUUCUUGAACUUUUCGUGUGGUACUUUUAUAAAUAAAAACGGAAGAAAACAACUUUUAAAGGCUCGAAAAAUCGAAUUUUUUGAUAAUGGAUUCAAAUUUGAAAAAUUGCUGAGAACUGGAGGGACGCAUUUUUCCAGGGAUUCUGAGCCUUUUUAGUGAUCACUCAAGGGGUAUGAGUGUUCAUUUAGAAACCACGAAUUUUUUCAGUCUAAAUUGGUUUUUUUUAGUACUUCGUUGUAUUUCGUGCUCCUAUUCCACUACUUUUUUUUUUGAACUGUGAAAAAUCGAAUCGAAAGUUUUUUCACACUCUCGAAAAUUCAAAUUCACUAAAUAAUAAAGAAAAAUAGUUCAUUUUGUUUGAAAUUCCCUAUUUUAAAGUCAAAAUGUGACAUAAAACGGGAUUCCUUUUCUGGAUAAGGUUGAUUUUUGACAGAUUUGAGUCAUUCAAAAUUUUUUUUAGCUCUACGACAAGACCAACCCGACCUCGUACACCUACCCACGCGUCGACAUUUUCGGAACCCAAGCUUUCAUUGGUAUUUCAUUUUUUAUAUUUUAAAUAGAACUUUCCAAAAAAUCCUUUUUACAUCAUUUUUUUCCGACCUCCGUUCCAUCAAAUGCCCUUUGUCAUUGUUCAAACUUCAGAUUUUCUCACAUUUGUUGCUUCGCGGCUCAUUGCACAGCCAAGCAUCGGCUGCUGA